CGAGCGAAGGGUUUGGGUUGGUUGGAAUUAAUGGAGUCUGCAAAAUCGAAAUCAGUGGAGAAACAGAGUAGGAAGCGAAAGAGGGCAAAACACCGCAGACAUGAUAAGCAAUCCAGCGAUACUACGACGAAGAUUAGCGGCAUCGAAACAAUCCAUCACAAUGAACUCCAGUCUUCCACCACUUCAAAGGUCCCCAAGUCCUCCACUUUCCUAGACAAGAUGCGAGCGAGGUUGUCUGGAGGGCAUUUCAGGAUGAUUAACGAGAAGUUAUAUACUUGCACUGGGGAAGAGGCGCUUAAUUAUUUCCAAGAGGACCCGUCAUUAUUUGAUAUGUACCAUGCAGGAUAUAAAGAGCAAAUGGCACAUUGGCCUGAGCAGCCAAUUAAUAUAGUCAUAAAUUGGCUUCGAGAUCAUGGGCCUUCUCUAACUGUGGCGGAUUUUGGCUGUGGGGAUGCACGCCUUGCUAAAAGUGUGAAGAAUAAAGUUUUCUCUUUUGAUCUCGUCUCCAACGAUCCUUUAGUAAUUGCAUGUGAUAUGUCGAAGACACCACUUGACUCUUCAUCAGUGGAUGUUGCUGUUUUCUGCCUUUCAUUAAUGGGGACUAAUUAUCAACGUUACCUUCAAGAGGCGUACAGAGUUCUUAAGCCAUGUGGCUGGCUUUUGAUAGCCGAGGUGAAGAGUAGGUUUGAUCCAAACACUGGAGGAGCAGACCCGCAUAAGUUUUCCAAAGCUGUUUGCAAUCUAGGAUUCACUUCAAUGUUAAAGGACGAUACAAAUAAGAUGUUCAUCUUAUUUUACUUCAAGAAAAAGGAGAAAUUAGAACCAAAGAGGAAGGAAAUCGAAUGGCCAGAGUUAAAACCUUGCUUGUAUAAGCGUCGCUGAGAUCAAGGGCAAAGUGCUCGUGCUAAGCCAUCGUCUGGAGAUGUUUUGAAGUACCAUGUUGAGGAAUGUAACAUCAGCAUCAAGAACACCAAACCUUAGUAAGGAAAAUUGUUCAAGUUACUGCAUUUUGUUUGUUGAAAGUUAAUUUCAUCACUUAUAUCUCUCCACCUUUUGAAUUUCAAAGUUAAAAAAUCUCUCUUGUUUCAUGAUUCUUAACAAAGUGAUUAUGGGAUUUAGUCAAAGACACUUGGAAUUUCUUUGUUUCAAUUGCAAUCUUGAAUAUGGAAGUGAAUGGGGGGUAUUGGUU